UGUAUUAGUGGUAUUCUUUGGAACAGAAUACGUGGUUCGGUUAUGGUCAGCAGGAUGUCGCAGUAAAUACGUUGGAAUAUGGGGAAGGCUUCGUUUUGCUAGGAAGCCUAUUUCAAUCAUCGAUUUAAUUGUAGUUGUCGCUUCCAUGAUAGUUCUGUGUGUGGGCUCUAAAGGUCAAGUCUUUGCAACCUCAGCUAUCAGGGGCAUCCGUUUCCUGCAGAUUUUGCGGAUGCUGCAUGUUGACCGUCAGGGUGGCACAUGGAGGCUGCUGGGAUCAGUUGUCUUCAUACACAGACAAGAACUGAUAACUACACUCUACAUUGGAUUUCUGGGCCUGAUUUUUUCCUCUUAUUUUGUGUACCUGGCUGAAAAAGAUGCUGUAAAUGAUUCUGGAGAAACAGAAUUCGGCAGCUAUGCAGAUGCCCUAUGGUGGGGAGUAGUAAGUAUGGCAAUUUUACAUGUUAGCAGGCUCAAGUAUGAAACGUAGUUCAAGCAGACAUGGAGAGAGAGCAGCGCUUCGA